AUGUCCUCUGCCCCACCAACCAGUGGACUGCCACCAAAAACGUGGACACGAGACAACAGUGAAUUUUUCAUCUCAACUGAGCCAAAGUUACUCUCUGUCAAAGCAGUCAAUGACGCAUUCAAUAGCGACUUUGUUUACUGGAUCAAGGAACCCUUUCCAGAGGAUGUUCUAUGGCAGAUGCUCCACGGCUCCUUGAGCUUCGGCGUGUACAGGUGGACCCAACCCGCAGAGGCUGCGAACGGAUCUACCACUCCGUCCACCGAGAAUACUGAGCAGAUUGGUCUUGUUCGUGUGGUCACAGAUGGUUGCUCAUUUGCGUAUUUGUCGGAUACCUAUGUGCUACCAGAAUACCAAGGCCAUGGACUUGGAAAGUGGCUUGUGGCUUGUAUUGCGGAGACCUUUUCGAAAAAGAACAUGCCGUAUCUACGUCGCAUUAUGCUGCUUACCGACGACGAGCGUACACAAAAGUUCUACGCGGAUGUGUUUGGUGUGGAGGUUGUUGGGCGCGAGGAGCGAAAAGACAUGGGAAGGGAUUUGGUAUUCAUGUGUGCGAGACCUUAA